GUCCGGCGCGUCGGGUUCCGGAGGUCCCCGUGUGACGUGGCCGCACGCCGGGGGCGGCUCGGGCCCGGGGGGGCGCGGGCGGGGCGGGGCGCGGCACUGCAGCUGGAUGGCCGGGCCCGUCCGGAGCACCGCAGCUGCCGUCGCCGCCGCACGCACGUGGCAUGCCUGGAUGCUCCUGUCCUGGCUGUGGCAUGGUGGGCCAAAGGCUCUUCUUUCUCUCGGCUCUUGCCCUGGAGUUCCUGGGCAGGGCUGGGGCUUCCCAGCCAGCCCUCCGGAGCCUGGGGGCUGCAGCUGCCUGUCGCCUGGACAACAAGGAAAGCGAAUCCUGGGAAACUCUGCUGAGCGGGGGGAGGCUGGACACAUGGAUCUGCUCCCUUCUGGGCUCCCUCAUGGUGGGGCUCAGUGGAGUCUUCCCCUUGCUCAUCAUUCCCCUGGAGAUGGGGGCCAUGUUGCGCUCAGAAGCUGGGGCCUGGCGCCUGAAGCAGCUGCUCAGCUUUGCCCUGGGCGGACUGUUGGGCAAUGUGUUUCUGCACCUGCUGCCGGAGGCCUGGGCCUACACGUGCAGCACUAGCCCUGGUGGCGAGGGGCAAAGCCUGCAGCAGCACCAACAGCUGGGGCUGUGGGUCCUCGCGGGCUUCCUGACCUUCCUGGCGUUGGAGAAGAUGUUCCUCAACAGCAAGGAAAAGGAGGGGAUCAGCCAGGCCCCCAGCAAAGACCCCACUGCUGCCGCGCUCAAUGGAGGCCACUGUCUGGCCCAGCCGGCUGCAGAGCCCGGCCUGAGAGCCGUGGUCCGGAACCUCAGAGUCAGUGGCUAUCUCAACCUGCUGGCCAACACCAUAGACAACUUCACUCACGGGCUGGCGGUGGCCGCCAGCUUCCUUGUGAGCAAGAAGAUCGGGCUUGUGACGACCAUGGCCAUCCUCCUGCAUGAGAUUCCCCAUGAGGUGGGCGACUUUGCUAUCCUGCUCCGGGCUGGCUUUGACCGAUGGAGUGCAGCCAAGCUGCAGCUCUCAACAGCACUGGGGGGCCUGCUGGGGGCCUGCUUCGCCAUUUGUACGCAGUCCCCCAAGGGAGUAGUCAGGCACCCCCUUUCCUGUGCAGAGGAGACCGUAGCCUGGAUCCUGCCUUUUACUUCCGGAGGCUUUCUCUAUAUCGCGCUGGUGAACGUGCUGCCUGACCUCUUAGAGGAGGAUGACCCAUGGCGCUCACUGCAGCAGGUGCUGCUGCUCUGCUCAGGCAUCGUGGUGAUGGUGAUGAUGUCGUUCUGUGUGGAGUAGCCCUCACCCCAGCCCCUGCGCAGCAAUAAGAGACUCCGAUAUUCGCUCUGUGAUGUGUGUGCGUGUGAGGAAAGGAGCAAGGGUGGGAGACCCAAGACUCGCCCCCACCAGAAGUGAGGACGGUGUGUGGUGUUCAAGUGUCGCGCAUGUGCCAGACCGACACUGUGACCCUCGUGUGCGGGGCCCAUGGCCCAGCCACGCCUGGUCCCCACACCGCCUCCAUCUUGCACCUGCUAGAGGAACAGCAGGUCUCCACACAGGCUUCGCCCUGCUAGGGCCUGUAAAUGGGGUGUGAGCAGCCCCAGGGGCCCAGGGCCCCAGAGAACCCAAAGCUGUUUGCUGCUGGAGCCCCUGGGCAUUGGGCCUGGGAACACAGCCCCUCGGCUCACCCACAUGCCCAGGCCCUGGGGCAGGGGCCCGUUCCCCCCGCCCCCCCACCCUUCUGUCACCACUUCUACAGCCAAAGAAAGGGGAGGCAGGUGCCAUAGCACCCAGCUCCACUCCGCACUGACGGGUCUAUGCCGCCUAGCGCUGAGCAGGGAGCUCACGUCUCUCCUCAGGGCUGCCUGCCCACACCAGCUUCUGUUACCCAGCAAACGCUCCCUGGCAGCACCAGCAGCUGCCUGUAGGGCCUCGGGACCAGCCCAUCCUUCCCUGCACAGCCCCUUGCAGACUUCCUCCUUGCCCUUUGGGGUGGGGGGGGACGGCGAGGGGGGCGAGGAUUCCACAUUGUCAGCACUCAGGAAUGUGCUCUGGGAGAAUGCUGAAGCCAUAAUCCCCAGCUAUUUCCCUUGGCUGGCACCCAGGUACUCAGCCGGCCGCUCCACAACCCGGCUGCAGCCCCACCGCCAGACUGUGGGGGAGUCUGAAUGGUUCUGCUGCAGUGUUGUAUCUGUACAUACCUGUUCUAUAGAGAUGAAUAAAUAUUCUCCAGACUA